GCUGCCCGGGGCUCCUGGCAUUGGUUGGCAAAGUCGAUUGUCUGGGGCGGCUGCUGUUACACUUAGGCUGGAUCUCCGGGCCGGGAGGAAGCAGGCGUGUGUUGAAUUUCUCUUUGACCCUCACGGUGGAAUAAACAGGAAGCGAAGAGCACCCAGCUGGGCCCUGCACUUGCCUUUGUUGUGGGCUCUGCACUCCACAGGCUGGAGGAGGCUUCCCGGGACCCCUGCCCGGCGUGCCGUCUGGGCACGGCUGGGGGCGCGCCCUGCUGUCCGUCUCUGUCUCCAUCUUGGUCUACAGCCAUGUUCUUCUUCCCAGGAAAGUGAAGCACUCAGCUGCUCAGAGCCCGAGGUCUUCCAUAGCCGUGUUCCAAGCUGUUUACAGUUGUGUUCUUUAUGCAGACCUCCGUAGCGUGGUCAGAAUCUGCUGCAGGGUUGCCUAACACGGUGCGAUGCAGCCAUCUUGCAUGCAGGGCUGGCUUGUCAUUGCCUGGCUUCAUAAGUGAAAGGCACACCUGUCUGUGUGGCCUGGUGUGAGGCUCCAGCUUCUUCUCCCCCUGCUGCCCCCACCCACUUCUGUAGUAACACGGAAGAUCUGAAGAUCUGUUGCUUGCAUGACCUUGCCUUUCCAGCCUGCCUCUUAGCUCAGCUGCCACUGCCGUGCAGCACAAAUAUCAUCAGGCUGAGGUACUCCAAACCGGAACUGAGCAGAAACAUAAACUUGUUUUGAAGACAAAUUCAACAAGACAUGUAGAAAAACCAAAAGAUAAAAGUAGAGAAAACAGGUGACAUACCUAAUGGUUUGGGAGCCAAUUUCUUAAUUUUGAGAAGCGGAGCACAAAGCCAGAACAGAAGAAGCAGAGCGCAGAGAGUAUCUGCUCUGAACAUCCCGAGAGCCCCUGGUGAGGCUGCGACUGCCUACUUCUUGGGAGAUGCUGGCCGCCGUGAGGCCGAGGAGACCUUUGUUUUGAGGUGGGACAGCGGGAUUUCAGCAGGACAGCUUCUCCGUUCCUGACCCCACCAUGGCUUCAACUCUCUGGCUGGACGGCUGAUGUGACUGUGUGUUCCACAUGCUGUUGGACUGUGUGUCAUCCAGGUAGUGCCUGCUCACAGGGUGUGGGAGCACAGCCGGCGGGCAUCAGAUGCUCCCCCAAGUUGGACCAGCAGAGUGAUGGACUUGGACAGGCUAAGAUGGAAGUGACCUGAGGCCUUGCCAGGGCGGUUUCUUCACAACAGGACUAGUUAAGAAUUGAAACACAGGCUUGUCUGGGGAGCAGUAUGCCGGAAGCUGGUUUUCAGGCCACAAAUGCGUUCACAGAGUGCAAAUUCACCUGCACCAGCGGCAAAUGCUUGUAUCUUGGCUCACUGGUCUGUAACCAACAGAAUGACUGUGGGGACAACAGUGACGAAGAGAACUGUCUUCUGGUGACCGAGCAUCCGCCUCCAGGCAUCUUCAACUCGGAGCUGGAGUUCGCCCAGGUCCUCAUCAUCGUCGUGGUGGUCACUGUGAUGGUGGUGGUGGUCGUCUGCCUACUGAACCACUACAAAGUCUCCACACGUUCCUUCAUCAAUCGUCCCAACCAGAGCCAGAGACAAGAAGACGGCCUGCAGCCGGAAGGGUGUCUGUGGCCUUCUGACAGCUCCGUGCAGCGGCCAGGGGCUUCAGAGAUCAUGUGUACCCCACGGGGCAGGGAUAGGUUUACCACCCCAUCCUUCAUCCAGCGGGAUCCGUUCAGUCGUUUCCAGCCCACCUACCCCUACGUGCAGCACGAGAUUGACUUGCCUCCUACCAUCUCCCUGUCAGACGGGGAAGAGCCGCCUCCUUACCAGGGACCCUGCACCCUACAGCUCCGGGACCCAGAGCAGCAGAUGGAACUCAACCGAGAGUCCGUGAGGGCCCCACCCAACCGAACCGUGUUUGACAGUGACUUGAUAGACAUUUCUAUGUACAACGGGGGACCAUGCCCACCAAGCAGCCACUCGGGCAUCAGUGCAGCUACCUGUAGCAGUAACGGGAGGAUGGAGGGGCCACCCCCUACCUACAGCGAGGUGAUGGGCCACUAUCCAGGCACCUCGUUCUUCCACCACCAGCAUAGCAACGCACACAGGGGCAGCAGACCACAGUUUCAGCCGAGCAACUCAGAGGGCACAAUAGUACCCAUCAAGGGCAAAGACAGGAAGCCUGGGAACCUGGUCUGAGUCCCUUCAGAGCGCACUUUGCUAGGAGAGAGAAACCUCGGCAGGGAGAGAGAGGCCCGCUGGCCCCCCUGCCACAGUGUUGUCCGGCUUUACGUCGUACAGCUGAGUAAAACCAAAUGUGCAAACAGUCUUCGUUUCUGAUUCCUAUCCUGGGAAUUGCAUGCAAACAAGACUGAAACAAUACAAACUUGCAUCCGGUUUGACAACAAACAGUGUUCAUCUUGGGGGCAGGGGUGGAGACGGGGCUAGAGAUGGUAUGAGCUUGGCAAAGGGCGUACCAAGGAACCUGAGGAGGCUUGGAAGACUUCAUGAAAGUAAGACCCACAGAGGUAUUUUUGACCUAUUUAAUUCCAAAAGGAGACUGAAGAUAAAUGAGGUCAGAAUGGCCUGUUUUUUAUAAUUAACUGAAUAAAGAAGGAAGAAUUAUUAUAUAUUAUCACAGGGGGAAGAAUCAGUCAGUUUGCUUUUUCUCCAAAGGUGUGAAACUUUUAUUUUGUUUUAAAAAUAUGAGUCAAAACUCCUGUUUUGUGUGCCAAGGUAUAAAGCAGAUAGAGGAGCGAGAGGAACUAAUUUCUGUUGAUGGUAUGCUUUCAGAGUUGCACUAUCUUAAUGUUUAAAAUAUGGAUGAGGGAACUGUGUUGUGUGAAGUUCUCUAUGUUGUCUUGUCACUUAUGAGUGGCUGUUAUGCCCAAGGAACAUCCUUGAGAGUCCUACAGAGUCAUACAAGAAAGGAUUGGGGGAACAUGCCCUGGUGUUUACCAAGUUCCAUGCAUUUAAAAGGGGGCAUGCAGCAAGGAUCUGCAGCCAGAAGCCGUGCACUACUGCAGUUAUUUGGAGAGGCAGGUGGAGAGAAACACCUGCAUUGCGCAUCAAGUGUCAUACAGAGCUAGCCUUAUUCCCAGCAGCGUCAGCAAUUUAGACUGUUUUCACUGUAGCAUGAAAUAUAUUCAGAUACAUACCUUAUUUUAUGCAAUAAAUUGUUUAAAAUGCAAGAUGGUUAUUUUGUGUACUGCUGAACUCUGUGGCACAGUGAGUCCCGUUGCCUCUCCCAUCCUAGGCAGCUCUGUUGAGUUCUGCAAAGGAUAUUCUGUUCAGCCCCUGGCACCAGCAGUUGCCCCCAAGCCCACUUGGUUGUCUAAGUGCCAUACUGGUGAUGGUUCCUUAUGCUUAAUAUGCCUCUGGGCCUGACAGAGGGACAGAUUUGGCAUAAGCCAUUACGUAUCACCAGUGUUGCAUGUUAGAGGAAUCCGGUGCCAGUGCAGACUCGCCGCUGUGUAGCCAGUCUGUACUGUGGUCGGUUAGUAAACAGAGGUGGUGGGCAAGGACAGGCAUGGCAGGCAGAGCUGCAGCUGGAAAAUGGCUUCUCAGGAUUUGAAGUCAGUUUACUGUUUCUAGUAUUUCUAAACAUUCUUAUGCACAAUGAAGGACCCCAAUGACUUUCUUCUGCAGAUAUAAGAGCUGGCCCUGUAACUGCACCACUGUGGGCUCAUCUGCAGCGGCAGGGCUUCUUUCUGGUGGUCUGGCCUCUGCAUGUAACAGAAGGAACAGGAAUGGAGAUUCAGUGGCAGGUUGACACCAAAUCAGUGUGUGUGAGUGCUUGUGUGCAUGACUGCGUGUGAGGGCGUUAUUGUUUUCAGAGGUGAUUAUGGGAAGUAACUCUACUCUUACCUGAGAACUAGAGAUUGUUUGAAGCCCCCAGUCCUGUCUUGACCCCAGGCGUCUCAUUUCUGCUUAUCUCAGUAGGUAGGCCAUGGGGUAGGUCUGAGAUUUGUAGUCUCAGUGGGAUUUACCCAUUUCACACAGUAGCAUCCAGAGGAAUACUCACAGGCAAAAGGAGAGAGGACAGAUAGGCAACACUUAUCAGUUCAUGCUUGAACACUGCUUGGAUGUACACAUGAAGGUCUCUGGGACUCUGGAGUUGCUUUUUUCUGCCUUGUCUGGUGACAUUCAGUGGCCUCUCAGGCUACAGGUUAACUGGGCCAAAGACGACCUUUCCCCCUUGCUUGAAGUUUCUGGCUCCUGGUGGCCUAUGCUUUCAGACUGUGCUUGAAUGGGGCCCUGAGAUACAAUGGCAGAGGAAGGAAGUAGGCGUCCUUACUGGGAUCUCACUGGUAGAGGACUUGGCAUGGAUGACAGCCAGGAGAAGGUGAGGUUAUGGCUCUGUCAUUCCAAAUCUUAACUGUAGUUUUGGUGAAGCUGGCGAUCCCACCCUUUAGUUUCAGCUCCAAAUAGCUUCUCAAUCCUUACUUUAGUCUUACUUUUCUGCCAGCUAUGAGAAAGAGCUAAGAUGAGAGACUUGUAAAUUCCUCUGGAGCUUGGCAUAUGGAGAUUUUGUAGAAGCCAACAGUGCUGGCAAAACACUGGGUACCCUAGAGGGCUGCCUUUUGAGUGUUCACACACACACACACACACACACACACACACCACCUGUGACUUUUAAGUCUUUGAGGCUGGGCCUCUUCAAGGAAUUAGUUUAAAAGCCAAAGCUAAGGUCAUAAAAAUGAAUGAGGCCAUUUCUCUCAGCCCAGGGAGAUUUAGAUAGUAGCCUUCUGGCUUACAGCUCAUGCACGCUGUCUCCUGGCUCUAAGGUGAUGACAAAGAAGCAACUGUGAAGACAUAGCUCACAAAGUGGGGGCUGUUGUCUUUCAAAAAACCGAGAGCCCAAGGGUUCAGUUUAGAAAGCAGUGAAUUUAGGCAACUGACAAUAGGUUAUAAUGAUAGAUUAUUCCCAUGAGGCAUUGCAGGAAAUGUUGGUAUGGCUAGAAGGAGCAGGCCUGGGCAGGCCACUCUGACUUAUCUGUUGGCUCAUGGAUUUCCAGGAAUAUGAAACACAAGAUCCACAAACCCAUCUACUGGAAUUCAUUCUUUUAGCCUGCAUUUGCUUUUUCAGAAACUCUAUAAACACUGAAGAAAUAUUUAAUACAAGAGAUUGUGAGGCCAACGGCUCAUCCAAUUGUUUACUGCCCCCCCCCAUGCCUUUUCCACCACAGACACAUACCUAACCCACGAGAGAUCACAACAUGGCAGUGACGAAAGCUUACAGGUACACUGGGAGAAUUACACUUUUCCUUAGUAAUUUUUAGCUCCAACUCAAGAGCCAAGGCUGAGGAGCCAAGCUGGGAUGGAUGCCUCUUCACACAGACUUGGGAAUUGGGUACAAAAAGAGCAUUAUUAUUGUUUUGAAAAUCUAAGUAGCUCCAUUUGGUCUUUGUCUCUAUUGAGGUCAAAAGGAAGCACAUUCAGAAAGCUGCCUUGAUCUAGAAGAAUCUAUUCAUCUACCUGCCUUUCUCCCAGGUGGUUUUACAUCUCUUAUCCAACUGCUCUUUUGUAGAAAGACUCCUAGGGUAGGCCUUUUGGAUGCCCGCAAGCUCUAUUACUGAGGAAGUCCAUAUGUGGCCUCUUUGCGUCCUGCCAACACUGCUAGAGACAGAGCGUGGCCAUUCCUGGACUCCACAAGCUGGGCUCUGGAGACACAAUACAUGCUGUGGAUGUGCUUGCAGAGUUUGGCUGCCCAAAAUGGCAACUCUAUACCUCUGAGAAAUCUCAGCAGUCGGGAUGAGCAGAACAAAGAAUACUUGCUUUCUGUUACCGCUUUGUUUUUCUCCCAUGCCAGUCAUCCAUCCAGACUUGCUUGCACCCUAAAAUCCCACGCAGCUUCAUGGUUUCCUUAGAUUGUACUGAUUCCAACAAACGCUGUUGUGUGGCUGCCAGGAGCUGUUCACAGUCUUUGGAGAUGCGGACAAAUCACAAUAGCAUUCUCAGUCUCCCAUAGUCAUAGGCUUUAGGAAUAAAGAUGUCACUGGAUGUAGCACAAGGUUAGUAUCAGAGCACAGGGACAUCUUGCUGAGCAAGGAACUUCUUCCCAUAACCAUCUUUGUCCCUAGGUGGGCUGGAGACAGUGUAACACGACAAGGUUAGGCUGGACAGUGAUGCAGCUGCACACACCCCCUGGGGCCCUAGCUCUGCACAUCCAUCUGUAAGCAGCUGAGGUGCCUUGUGUUCUGCUGUCAGAUGUAGGACCCCAGCCCCAGUGUGCAAUGCUCACCUUUGCUGUGCCUCACUUGAAAUGGUGCUUCUUCAACUGUUUCCUUUCCUAUGUAAGGUGCUGUAUAUACGUUGAACAUAUGCACAUACUCUACCCAAUGGGUAGAACAAGAAAUUAAUACUGUAAUAUAUUGUAUAGAUACCAGUUUUACCAGAAAUGGCAUAGAACUUAAGAAUGCCUAUGUACUCCAUCUUUUGUAAGGACACUUGCAACUGAUUACAUAAAGUCUAUGUAGUUUAUUUUCCUAUGAAAUAUAUUAACACCAUGGAAUGGAGUCUUGGACAAGCAGGCAGCAGUUUAUGACCAGCACAUACAUAGGAACUGAGUUGUGCCUCUGCUCUGAAACACUUUAGCAAUCUCUAAGAUGCUUUUAUUUGAAUCCCUUUAGAAAUCGACCAGUUUGGUUCUACUUUUAGUCAGGGGGAAAGCUGCAUUUCUGCUUGCUCUGUGUGCAGGCCUUCUCUCUCACUGUAGUUCCAGCUGUCAGGCCUCAGUGGGACGUGCAAAACUUUGAAGACACAUAUGGUGUCAGGAAAAACGAGUAACCUGCAGCCUAGGCAAUUUAGCCUUAGGGCACUUGUGACCAUUUGUGUCCCAUGUUUCUCUGUGCCUUGUCCUGUAAAUGGAAGCCAUGGAGCCAAUGAACUGUCUGGAAUUUGUACGGAGGGAGUGCCUCAGAAAGCAGAUCCAUCGGGAAAGAUUAGGGUAGGGGAAAUGUUUUGGGUUGUCACUAGAGAACUGCCAAUCAGCUGAGAAUAGACAGACUUGUAAGUCCAUUCCUAUUAUAUUCUGUGUUAGUCCUGACCCCUCAGUUAGGUUACAUGUUAGACUGCAUGUAAAGUCACACUUCUCCCUUCCAGCUCCAGUUUAGUCUUUAAUGUCCAAUUGUGGCUUUGGCAUUUUUAAGUUUCUUCCUUUGUCCCCACCCCCACCAGUCCCCUCUCAAGCAAAAAAGCCUUGGUGUCCAUUAAAGCCACCAUGGGUAUGAAGUGCUAACAGCGAUUGUGGAAUGCUGCCGUCCAAUCUACUCCAGUCACUAAUGAUGUCUGAGGAAUUCCAGGCUUUUUAUUUGUUUUCUGUGGUAUGAGCUCUGUCUUUGAAAGUCAGAGAUAAAACUGUCCCCAAUCAGGAAAAAAAAAUGCUCCAAGCUAUUACUAUUUAUUCUUAAUGUGCAACUCUUAGUGCCAAUUCGGUCCUUUUUUAACAGCUCCCUGCAAGAGUUGGGCAAAAAUGUCAAUAGAUCCCUCCUAAGUCCCAUCCAAGCCCAAGUUAGUGUCUCUGUCUACUUACUGCAGGGUACACCCUCAGGAUCCCUGGGGUCAAGACCCAAGGCUCCAUCACUGUCAGAAAAUGAGCACUCUACUGAGCAUGGGAAUGUUCUAGACUCAGUAGUAAGAUGCAUGACCAACUCCCUUCUGUAGACCCGGCCCUGGCUGAGGAUCUCUCUCAAUGAUGCUGCUUCUGUCAGAUGCGCUUGCCUUUCAAAAAAUCUCAAUUCCAAUCAAUAUCCUUGCUGAGUUUAAAGUUGUUUUAAAAUAUAUACACUAUCCACAACACUUAGUUUUCAUUUAAUUUUUAUUAUAAAGUAAUCUACUAAAAACGUACAACUGUAUUUGCAUCUUCUGAUCUUUGUGAGCUAUGAUAAUCAGAAGUCAAAGUCCUUUUGUGUUUAAACAACCAUGUGCUUACUCUUUAACGUACUUCCUGGUUAUAUACGGGAAAUGGUUCACAACUGUCAUCUGCCUGCAUCUUUUGCUCAGGUGGGGAUACAGUUUAGACCUCAGGUCUCUAAUUGCAAUACUUUUGAUGAAAGACGUUGCACAAGUGCUGUUUGUUAGCGAUGAAAUCAGGUUUCUGCUUGUUCCUAAUGCCAUGAUCAAAUCAUAGCACAAACUCAUUAAAAAUAAUCAGUGACAAAUA